AUUAAAGCAAUAUUAUUACCAAGCUACUAGAUCAAGCGAGCAAGAAGAGCUUAAUACCGAGAUCCUGGAAGCCUAUCUGAAUACCUCAAUUAUUACGGAAGCCUUAAUUACUCUUAUUAUUAUACGGAAUCUGUCCUAUACUCUUAUUAAAUAGCCAGAGUUCCAUACCUUUUGCCAAGUACUCAAUCGAGCUAUUAAGGGCAAAAUUACGACUUCUCAUUCAGGAAUUACUAGCUCAGUCAAAGAAGCUUGGGAGCGGCACCAGGAUACCGUAUAACAAGUUCUCCAGGCUAUACUCUCACUUAUUUAUAUCUCUCUUAAUAUCUGGACCUCUCUAAAUCGAUUACUUUUACUUAUAAUCUAUAGCCAUUUU